AUGGCACGCAACCUCACCCCGUUAAUGUCUGCAAAGGACGAGCAGGAAUUCGGGAUCAUGCCUCUUCGUCCAUCGACCCCCUCUACCUCACCGCCCUUGAAUCAGUCUGCCAAGUCACCCUUGUCCAAUGUAUUCAAACCUAGUGGAUAUGAGCACUUACACCUUGACGACAGAGACGACAUUGGCAGCCCCCAACCUGAUAAUGGGGCAUCGUCACCUCAGGCCUCAACAAACAGCUUGGGCAUAUACCCGGAUGAAAAGAUCAGAACCUCCAGUGUCCGUCGAAAGCCUGUCGAACCAAAGUCUCCGGAAAUUACCUCAGCUUCUGAGGCAGCCUCCCCUGAUUCUAAUUGCCAUCUCCUCGACUCUCCUCUCAGCUUGGAUGGACGCUCAGCAAGACCGCCUACCUGGAGUGGGAUUAGAAUUCCAGGUAUAGCUGAGAAACUUUGGUCAUGGAGUCGGACUACUCUUCCGGGACAUCGGCCGACGGCCACAAGCGGCCAGUCUGGGCCGACAAACAAUAAUUCGUCUUCGUCCCUGGACCCAGACACUGAGAUCGGAGACCAUGGCACUGACGACGACAUAUUCUACAGAAAAUACAGUGAGCCACCCACGCUCUGUGAUUCUCGAGAAGAUAUCGGCCAGAGCCGAAGUAUAGUGAUGAUGAUUGUCGUCCUUUACUCUGCUGUCAUGAGCGGCCUAUGGUUUAUAGUAGCUUGUAUUCAGCCUCGGUGGGGUCAUAAGAUUCACUCCACAGGCAGUCUGGAGCCAUCAACAGCUACAACACUGACCACACUCUUCGCCAAAAGCAUCGAAAUUUCCUUCGUUGCUUCCUUUGCCUGGUGUGCUGGCCAACAGCUCACCCGGAGGGCCUACAGAAAGGACAAUGGACUGAUACUUGCCGAAAUUUGUAUGAAAGGCUGGAUCAAUCAACCUGGUGCUUGGUUCCAGAACUGGGAGGCAUUAUGGUAUGGAGGGCGGAGUAUUGUCACUCUUCGCACAAUGCUCAUGUUUCUGGCUACCCUUGGGGCGACAUUUUAUACGCCAGCCUCCGAUGCCAUGGUCUCUCCCAAACUGAAAUUUGGCGACUGGGACGACAGAAAACUCUCAGGACCUGUAUAUACGUCAUAUGCUAAUGCCAGAUGGUUGAGGCAAUGGUGUCCAGCAAUGGUUGACGUCGAGACGAGGAAGCAGACAGAUACAGAGUCUUGCCUCAAUGUCCAACUGUCCGGUGCGUCAUACUCAUCCAUGAUGGGCUUUAUGGGGAAUUGGACAGAUCGUUUCAAUAACGGAACGUUCAAAGAAAACUACCUCAAAGGUCGUCCAGCAGCCUCAUUGUCACUGUACGAUAAUGUUACGAUGGAGGCAACAUGGAUCGAAGCUGAACAUGGUAACGUCACUGCGAACUUCGAAAAAUAUGGCCGUAUCAUCAACAAUGUCACGAUGGCACUACCUCAUCCAGGUGUCUACGCAGCAGCUAUGUUCAAAGACAAUAAAAUAUUACAGCCAAGUGAUCUGGGUGGUACUGGUCAAUACUCCAUCAGGGCUGGAGUGGUCUCGCCUUCUGUCAAUGUCAUGUGCGUCAACAUAGAUGCAAAGGAGAUUGACCCCCUGGUCUAUACUUCAUGGCCGAAUAGCAGAACGAAGCCGGCUAAUAUCUCUGACCAGAUUCUUCCAUUUCACGAGGAAGAUUGGCAGGCUGAAGUCCCACCCUACCUCACACCUCAGGGAGAGGCGUACUAUUUAAACAGCACAAUCCUCGAUGACAUCUUCAAAUGGGGAGCCAAGUAUAAACGCCGACCACCCGUUUUCUCUGCGUUUCCAAAUAAGUACAACUUCAUCUCGAACGGAACAGUGAGAGAUUCAGAUGCAAUAUACCUACUAGGAAAAAGUCCGUAUAUUGCGAAUUAUACUCUUUGUGAGGCAAGAUCAUGGCUGUCGCCGGCUUGUUCAACAAUAUUCGAAGUCACUGGCACCCAAGGCUGGACAAUGAAAGCACAUUGCGAAGAUCCAAAUGACAAAACAGCAUAUCACCGCUCCUUUCCAAACAAUCAGAGUUGGUCUCCACCAGACAAGGACUGGAAGUUUGUUGCUGAUGAAUGGCGCAAGUCAUUGGAUUUGAAUGGAGGCCUGCGAAACAGCAACUCCUCGAAUGCCAACAUCCUCACCAAAACAAUUUUACAACAGCCAGAACUCCGGGUCGAUCUCCCCUCCAUGGGCGAAAUGCUGGCAGUUCUGUUAGCGUCAACUGCAGCCUUGGGUGCAAUCCAGACGCCAUUCGUACACUACUGGGAGUACACAACAGCAGGCAACAUACUUCAAAACUCCGUUUUGCAGACGUUCAAUGCCUCUGUCAGGAGCCAAGAAUACACCUCUGGUCAUAUCCAUCUGUGGCAAGGUGGCGUCUGGUACCCGGUCCUAGGCGUCGUCUUCGUGCUCAACUGUCUUUGCUUCGCUUACAUAUGGGUACAUGCACACACCCUUACAGACUUCACAGAGAGCGAGAAUCUUUUUACUCUGGCCAUUAACAGUCCCCCUAGCUCUCAAUUUAACGGUAGCUGCGGUGGUGGCCCGAAGAGGAGGGAUUACGUGGUCCCUUGGAAGAUUUCUUACGCUGAGAAGAAGAAUCACUACUAUUUUGAGGCGGCGAAUGACCGCCCUUGGAAAGGGCGUUAUUCCAAGAAUGGGAGAUACUCUUCUGGAGACACCCCAGAGCUGGCGGGAGACAAAUAUAAGCGGUUCAGCACGAGUAAGGUGUGGGUUUAA